AUGGAGUUUUACCGGUCGUUUGUUUGGCCUCUUACCGAAAGAGAGGUAAGAUCCGACUCUCAACCUCUUGCUCCAUCCUCAAAGCCUGCCUCACCGGUCACCUCCUCCACCGUCGCCCUCUCCAGCACCGGCAACCUUUUGCCUUCUUCAUCAAUCACAUCGUUUCUUCUUCAUCGAUUAGCAGGCUCAGAUUUUGAACCAGUAUCAAUGGGGGUGAUAAAAGAUGGUUGUAUUUCGGGAACUUUACCAAGUAACAAAGUCUUUGGAGUCAACUAUCCUGGUUACCCUUCAUCUAUGGAACGUGCUUUGGUUACUCUUGGUGGAGCCGAAGGUAUUUCCAUGGCUCGUGAGUCGCCAUCAAAUCUUCUAGAACUUCGUUUCCGCCCUGAAGAUCCUUACUCACAUCCUGCACACGGGGAGCUUGUCCCUUGUAACAAUUUUUUGCUCAAGAUUUCAAAACAAAAUAUUCAACCCGAAAUCACUGCAAAUGCUCAUUUGAAAGAAGAUGAUGAGAAUGAGACACAUAUAUUAGAAAAACAAGAAGACACGAUUUGUGCAGAUAUUGUUGGACAUGUGUCAGAAACAUAUUAUUUUAAUGGAAUGGUAGAUUACCAACAUGUUCUUGGUGUUCAUGCUGACGUGGCACGGAAAAAGAAGAGAAAUUGGGAUGAUGUGGAACCACAAUUUGAGAAACAUGGCCUUAUUGAUGCGGAUCAAGAGGAUUUGAUGAUUUUAUUGCCUCCCCUUUUCUCAUUGAAGAAUAUUCCGGAGAAUGUGGUGUUGAAACCAUCUAUGUAUGUGAGUUUGAAAAAGAAACAAGAGGGAGUUGUACAACAUCGUUGGGAGAUGGACAUUGAGCCAAGUCUUGCAAUUGAUUUCAACAUUAAAGAUAUCCUUAACUACAACUCCUUUUUAUAG